AUGUCUGGUCAGCACUCGACGAACCAUUCUCGUGGAGUACAGAACACCAUGAGACACCAGGGGCUCCCUAGUGACCAGCAGCAUAUCCACUUACUUGACCAAGAGCAACUAGCGUUCUUCUCCAUCCAUAAGCCACUGAACGUUUCGUCUUGGGAUGAUGUUACGCCAGUACACCAUCGUCUCUCCACCUCUGACAUUCGAAAAGCCUUGUCCAAGCUGCACCAGAACCCAAGGAAUACAGUCAAAGACACACUGAUGAGCCUCAAGUCAGAAUCUGCUCGUCGACUGAUCAAUGCACUUGUACAAGAGCAAAACGAGAGGGAAUCCGACUCAAAUAUCGAAUGGAUCAUCGCAGGGAUAGACGUCAAAAAGGAGAUCGUCAAACAGUGGCCCAGCCAGAAGAAGGUCAUUAAGAGCAUCGAGGUCAUCUUAAAAACUGAGCCAACACAUGACUUUAACGAUGACUCCUUUGGGUCUCCCCCAUUGCGAGGGCCCUUCGAGGGAGGUGUUACCCAGACGAAUCAAUCACAUCGGAACGUGAAUCAACAUGGUCCCGGUAUGGGGCAUGUGCAGCCUCAUAUCAUGCAUCAACAACCUCCUAUGGGUGCACAACCAAUACAGGUGAAUGGACAUGAACGAGGAGAGCAUAUGCACGGGCGUCAAGAUCUUCCGCACCCACCACAUUAUGUGCAAGGGGGCUCUCAUUUUCAGCAGCCUCAUAGCAUGUUACCCGUCCCGCAACAUCCAGGAGGCGGCGUGGGCAUACCACCACCUCCUCCUCCACAUGGCGGACCGGUCAAGCAGACGCAAGUCGUGCAACCGCCAUUCGAUCCUCAACAGCAACCAAUGCCUAUGCCUGGCAGCUUUCCGGAAGUCAGGCCUGCCCCCCAAUUCAUGCCUCAGCCCGAGAUUCUUGACCCCCGAGUGCUCAAGCAUCAAAAGUCCAAAUCCAAGAAUCUCCGCCGCGAAUUCCAAGAAGUACCUAUGGUGUAUGCGGGCGAGUCUGACUCUGAUUCCAGUGGCUCUGAUAUUGGCUCCCAAUUCAGCUCUAGAUCGGUCGAAGACGGCGCUUAUGGAUUCAUUGAACGUUCUCGCAGUCGGGGCAGGAACAGGAGUCAUGGAAUUGUUGGACGUUCUCACAGUCGCGGCAAGGACAGAAGCCACAGCAGGGGUCGUGAACGAGGUAUGCCCAAGAUUUUCAAAGUGAAGAAGUCACAUGGCCGAAGUCGAUCCGACGUGGAAGUCAUCCAUGAAGGCAAGCAUAGCCCUUCGUCUAAGAGUAGCUCGCCGAGGUCGUCUGCAUCUGCUCUUCCCACACAGCAAAUCUUCAACAUACACAUUGACAAUGACAACGAUCGUGAACGUGAACGAAAGGAUGGCCACGGAAGAGAUGCGCAUGCUGCCAAUCAUGAUCAAAGACGCAAUAACAAACCUAUGCACUCACCGGGCUUCACCAACCCAAUUUACACCAAGCGAGACAAGUUCGAUGUCCAUCCCAUGUCGCGACACUCAUCGGUCGGCGGAAGCGACACCGGCUCCUCAGUCAUCGACGGCCACUCCUCGAUCUACACCUCUGACGACAGUGUCUUCUCCGAACCCAUACGUCCGCGCAUGCACAGUCGUACUACUUCUGAAGUAGGUGGGGGAUUACACCUUCGCUCACGCAACAUGCCAAUCCCACGCCAUGACGCCUUCAUACCUGCCCACCAAGAGUCUCACCGACGACAGAAGCGACACUUUGAGGCAGACGAUUACCCUCAUCGCCCGAGAGGCUCUAUCUAUGACGGCUAUGCAGAGCCCCCUCACACUCCUUCCUUUCGACAACCACCUAUGGCUCCUCGUCGCCACAGCGUGCAGCUCUCCAACCCUUUCGACCCAAGACACCCAGCUCAGCCCUCCCGAUCAUACACCGACUACGCCACGCAACCUUUCCAACAGCGAUACAUCACAGAUAACGCCCCCGAGCCUUUCGAGUUCCGUGCGAUGGCUGACGAGCUGGGCGCGAUGAACUAUAUAAACCAGUCCCGCCGCAGUGGCCUCACGCAGCGGCGAAACAGUCUCAGAGGCCGGGGGGCUCCUGAGGUGGACGAGUGGGCUUACCGUCCACAGGGAAGGAUGCACGAUGCAUAUCGACAUAUGUACUAA